AUGUGGGGCAUGCGCGGGGGCCGCUAAUCUGCCAGGAUGUUACCAAUCCGAUUGUAUUGGUCAUUGGCCCUCUCGUCUGGUCGGUGUAGAGUGUACUGGCAGCCACAAAGCCUCUAUCUCCGUGUCCAAUCUUGUUCGUCUGUAUUUGUACUCGUACCAGUAUUUGCAGCAUCUCAGCAUCUGAAUCGUACUCCUACAGUCCUAUAAUCAAUCCCUCGCUGCUCGUCCUAGCAGCAGAAACGUUCACAAGCCAAAGAAGCAACAGCCCAAAAAGAGACGGCUGACGACGGGCCGAAUAAUGCCCAUCGUUCUCGCGUUCCUCCUCGUCGUGGCUGCAGCAUGCCAGCCGGCAGCCUCCGCAUCGUCGUCGGCGCCGGCGAGUAGUCUUGCUCUACCAGCACCAGCGCCAGCGCCGGUGCCGGACGCCAGCGGCCACGGAAGCCGCAGAGCGGCGCAGGCGGAGGCGGAGGCGGCGGAGUUCGUGCGCGCCAGCUGCGGGCGCACGCUGUACCCGCGGCUCUGCUACGCGGGGCUGGCCCCGUACGCGGCCUCCGUCCGCUCCAGCCACGCGCGCCUCGCGCUCGCCUCCGCCAACCUCACGCUGGCCGCCCUCGACGCGCUGGCCGCGCGCAUACCGUCUCCCUCUCCCGGCUCCGGCUCCGGCUCCGGCGCGCUCAGCGACUGCGCGGACGCCGUGGCGUCGGCGGAGGACCAGGCGGCGCGCGCGGCCGAGCGGCUGGGCGGCGUCGAGCAGGCCGUCGGCGGGCGGCCCGAGCUGCUCUGGCGCGUGGACGACGCGCUCACGUGGCUCAGCGCCGCCAUGACCUACGAGGACUCGUGCGCCGACAGCCUCGGCCCCCGCAAGUCCGCGCCGGCUCCGGUGAGGGCCGAGCUCCGCGCAAGGGUGCGCCGCGCCAAGCAGUUUACCAGCAUCUCUCUCGCGCUCGUCAACAUCCUUGUCAGUAACCCGAGAAGUUAGGCAAACCAUGGUCACUUUUUUUAUUUUGAUAACUUCGUAUUCGCAUACUACAGUGUAAAUUGACAGUCUUGGCUCUGUGUGUUAUAUUAGUACAAUUUACAUCUUCUACAUGUACGUAAUAACCAUAAUAUAUAACACUUUUUUUACGAAA